GUUUCUGACCAUUACAUUGAGGAAUAUAUCGGAAAUCUUUCUUUCAAUUUCUACUAGAUUUCCCUUGUAUUUUCUCUAGAGAAAUUUAUUGAUAGCCAAUCAAGCUUUCCUUAUUUCUCAGCUAUCUUUCAUUUUAUCUGUAUCAUUUGGUAUCAGUGAAAAUCCUUGGACACAUUUGGUGGCCUUGGCAGAUCUGACGGCAUUGAAGCAGACUGGUACAGUGAGCGGAUUUAAGGAGCAAUUUGAUCUUCUCUAAACAAGACUCACUGAAAAGCAAGCAGUCUGUUUCUUUGUUGAUGGGUUGAAGGAAGACAUCCAGCCAUCUGUGAGGUUUUUCAAACCCCAAUCCUCGUAUAAUGCAUAUUGCUUGGCUUUCCUACUAGAAUCAUGCUUGGAAGACGUUCAAGGAAUAGCUAACACCAAAAAUCCAUACCCGAGCAAGAAGAAAUUCUGUGAGCCGUAGAUGAAAUGGUGGAGGUGGUGGAAGCAUCGCAGGAGAAAACCACUGCCGGAGAGCAAGAUAAAUUGUUGGCGGCUACGGAACUUGACCAGAAUCCACCACUGGUGACUCCUAUCGCUAAAGAUGAUUUCUUUAUAUCCUGUGCGAUUGCUGAAGAUGAGUCCGUCGAACCUGCAACUAUUGACGAACACAACUUUCCUGCACACAAGCUGUUCGGUAAAAUGCCAAAAAGAGCUGCAAGAUACAAGCAAUUGGAUGAGCUUCUCAAAUUUCCAUUGGGUGAGUUCUCAAAGCACUUCGGUACUUUAGUCUUUGUUGUUACUGAAUUGGUUACAAUGAGUCAGAAGAGAAAGGUGAAUGAAUAUUGGGAGCCCUUGGCUUUGCUAUUCCCAAAUCGAGGUAUAUCUGAGAAACAAACCCCUUAGUGGAAUAAUUGUGCCACAACCUUUGUUUGAUGCCUACAGAUCUGCAUUGGCAGAACAAUUAAAGUAUUUAACCAUUUCCUUGCAUGAGGGAAUAUGCAUUGAAUUGAUACUUGCCACUGCUACUGCUCUUGGGCUAGUAGGUGUAUUUAAUGGUUUUAAUCUUGAUUAAUUGCCUGGAGGUAUUGCUGUUGGCUGUGUUAGUUGUCCUAAUACUGGUUCUUCUAAUUUGAAGAAUGUGCAUCUUAAUGUUAAGGAAUGGCUUUGUACAAUUCUGUGCUUGCCGGACAAUCCUCAUUAUAU